GUUACUUUAUUGCAGCGAAAUCCAAAGUUCGUGUCUUUUCUUUGUAGGGGAUUAGAUUACUAAAUAGAUUUUUGAAUGGAUCUGCCCUGUCCAGAGUGGGUUCAGCAUGUCGAGCAGAAAUGGACGGAACUGAGAAAUGAAGAAACUGAGCGCUUCUGCCUUCUGACAGAUAUAGAUGCCAUAUUCAACUAUGGGCUGUCAAUAAUACGCCCAGAAGAUCUCAACGCUUUUUCUAGAAUUUCUGAGCAGUACUCCGUCAAAAAGUCUCCUGAAAGGGCAUCUGAGUUUAGACAGCAAGGUAACCUCAGUUUCAAAGUGAAGGAUUAUACAAACGCAGCAUUGUAUUAUUCCAAGGGUGUUUGCCAUGCUGACAAGAAUACAGAAGAGCUAUCGUUGUGCUAUGCUAACCGUUCUGCUGCCCUCUUUUACCAUAGCCUCUACAGAGAAUGUCUUGAGGACAUCCGGCGUUCUUUGGAGGCCAGUUACCCAAGCCACCUGCAGGACAAACUGAGAGCUAGACAGACCGCAUGCUUGAACCAGCUUAAAAAACUUGAAAAAUCCAACCAGCCAACCAUAAAUCAAGCAACACCACCAUGCCAGAAAAAAAGAAGCACUUGUAUUUCACCUGGAGUGUGUGUUUACUUCAGCCCAGAGAAAGGUCGCCACAUAUUAGCCAUGGAAAAUAAACUAGCUGGUGAGGUGGUACUGGAGGAUGAGGCUUUCUGUUGCAUACUUAUACCAAGUACCAAUAAGGCAGGAAAGAUGUUUAAUACUGAAGACCGACACUGUCACCAAUGCCUGAGCCAAUCACUGUGCUUUGUGCCCUGUCCAAACUGCAGUUACGUUCGGUACUGUGGAGAGAGCUGUCAAAAAGAUGCUUGGGAGCGCUGGCACCAAUGGGAGUGCCCAGUUGGAGCAUAUCUGUUGACUAUUGGGGUUUUUGGACAUCUUGCACUAAGAGUGACCCUGAAAGCUGGACAAAAUGAGGUUAAAAGGGUGAAAAAUAGCACUUCAAAAGACAAUGUGACAUGUAGCCCUUAUAAAAGUGAUUCACCAGUCAAGUUGAGUCUUGGAGAUCCCUGUAGAGAAAGUUCAGACCAUGCAGACUGCUAUCAUGGCAACUCCUACACGGGCAUCUACAGCCUUUUACCACAUGUGGCACAACACUCACCCAGCUCACGCUUCUUACUGGCGAUCACCAUGGCGGUGCUUUAUAGGAGACUGCAAGAUGGACCUCCACCGGACAAGUGGGCAUCUUGCGAGAACGAAGGAGUUAGUGGAACCUGGCGGCCUGAGAUGAGCAUGCUGGGAGCCACAGCUUUGAGACACAUUAUGCAGCUCAUGUGUAACGCUCAAGCAGUCACUGCCGUUAUGGUCAAAGACGAAAGUGGAAUGGCUGUUCAGUCCAGUAGUGAAAUCCGCAUCGCCACAGCAAUUUUUCCUGUUCUCAGCCUGCUUAACCACUCUUGCAGUCCGAACACAAGCAUUUCCUUCAACACAGGCAUUCAAACUGAUCUGCUCAAUCAGUUUGGGUGUUCUGAAAGUCACGUUGACAAUCCCGAGACCUCUUGCAGAGGUGUGACAGUCACUAUACGUGCUUCAAAAGACCUUACUGCAGGACAGGAGAUUCUGCACUGUUAUGGUCCUCACUGUAGCAGAAUGGAGAUGAAGGUGCGUCAGCGCCUCCUGCUGGAGCAGUACUAUUUCCACUGUAACUGUCAAGCCUGUCAGAGGGACCUAUCAGAAGAAAGCCAGAAUGCAACAGAAAGCAUAGCACCCGGCCUGAAGUGUGCAAAAUGUGGAAAGCCUCUUCAGUCCCAUAUGGAUAGGUACAUGUGCUCUUGGCCGUCCUGUGGUCAUCAGAUCACCAGUGCAGAUGUGCAGAACAAACUAAAGGGUUUACAGUGUCUCUUGGAUGAAGCUUUUCAUCUCAUGGAGCGAGACAGAUUAGACGAGGCCCUAAAAAUCCUAAAAUCAGCUUCUUCUCAGGCAAACAGCAUCCUAAUGGAGACUCAUCCUCUCCAAGGAGAGCUAGCAGAUGCAACAGCUCGUGUGUACGCCACUACAGGUGAAUGGAGUCUGGCUGCAUCCCAUCUAAAGCAUAGCAUGGUUGCUAUUCAAGCCCAAUUCGGAGAAGACAGCAUUGAGCUGGGACGACAGCUUUUUAAGAUAGCACAGCUACAUUUUAACGGCGGAGACUGUGGGGUGGCUCUUUCUGUGAUUCCCAGAGCCCAGAAGCUCCUCUCUCUCCACUGUGGUCCACACUGCGAAGAACUUCAGGAAUUGCUGGAAAUGGAGCGCUGUCUGCAAGGACUUCUGUGAAAGAACAGCAAAAAACUGAAUUAUAUUUUCAUCAAACAUAAUAAAUUCAAAGCCUGUUUUUCAGAUGUACUGUAUGUGCAAUAAAGU